UUCUUGAGAAACUUCAAACCAAAUUGGUUACCUUCCCAAUGCCCUUCUCAGUUCUCACCCAGGCCUGAUUUUACUUUCUUUUUCUCUUUUAGGGAACGUGGAGUGUCCUUUUCUGGUGUUGGUGAUGGUUGUUUUUGGAGAUGCUGUUCUUAUCUCCCUUGUAAGGUGGUUUAUUUACAGUAAAGCCAACAAGUGUCCCUCUGCAUGCUGCAUCUUCUCUGCUGCAGGGUCCAUCUGUUAGUUCCAAUUUUUUUUUUUUGACAAAUUUCUCUAAGAAAUUUCAUUGAAAAUUUUAAUGGUUGGAAGGAUGAUGACUGUAGCCAACCCAUAUUAAAAAAGUUAUUAUAGUUGUAAAGUUGAAAAGUUGGUAGGGGCGUCUCAUGAAAUUUUAAUGAAAAACCUCGGAGGACCAGUUGGGUUGUAUUGCAUUUGUGGUUGAUUUUGAAGAGUUGUGGAAAGAAAUGGAGGCACCAAGUCAGAAGAGUCUUGAGAAAGUUGUUUCACAGAGAGCUCUGCAAAUGAGUAGCUCAUUUCCGUGCCAAAUUUGCGUGGUGUGUUUUCUCUGUGGUGUCUGUCUCACCAGUUUGUUUCUGGCUGCUCUCACUACAUUUGGUACUUUUGAAUUUGGGGUCUUUUCAUUUGCUGGAUUUUCGACCUGGAAUUCGACUACACAGAUGAUCAAUAUGGUUACAAGUGAAGACUGCGACUAUAAAGCAAAGGAAACAGAGGGAAGGAUGAAUUCACAAAAAAUUGAUGAGAGGAGUACUGAUGAAAAAGCGUCCUUGCUGUAUUCUGUUUGGAGUGCUUUACUAAAUGAAUCUAUAGUUCAGGAUAGUGAGUUCUUUCAAAGGUUCGGCCUCAACAAAUCCAGUGUGCCAAAGGCCCCUCAUUUUGAGAAUUGCAAGUUGAACACACAAUUAAAUAAACGUCUUGAUGCCCGUGGUAAGAAUGGGAGAUUCCCUCCUUGGACAGUUUGGAAGGGAUUUUUAGACAUCUAUCCACCAUCUGAAACUGAUGAACAAAUGAGAUAUUUGAGACGACAAGCCAUGUCCAAAGGCUCUUAUCCUCCCUGGAUUACAGGAUCAGAUGAAGACAAUUACCCAUUCACAAGGAAAGUGCAGAGGGACAUAUGGAGCCAGCAGCAUCCAUCGAAUUGCCAAGAUCCUAAUGUAAGAUUUCUUGUCGCUGACUGGGAGAGACUGCCUGGAUUCGGUAUGGGAGGCCAGAUUGCUGGAAUGUGUGGGCUUCUUGCUAUUGCAAUUAAUGAAAAAAGGGUCCUUGUUACAAACUAUUAUAAUCGAGCUGACCAUGAUGGUUGUAAAGGUCCACAUCGCUCUAGUUGGUCUUGCUAUUUCUUUCCUGAAACAUCCCAAGAGUGUCAAGACCGAGCAUUUGAGCUUAUGGGGACCAAGGAAGCAUGGGAGAAUGGAACGAUAACAGGAAAAGACAAUUAUAGUUCAAAGGAAAUAUGGGUUGGACCAACUCCUAGGGUUUGGGGCAAUCCUUGGAGUUAUUUGCAGCCUACAACUGAAAUUAAUGGAAGUUUGAUUGCUUAUCAUCGCAAAAUGGAUCGGAGGUGGUGGCGAGCACAGGCAGUACGCUACCUAAUGAGGUUUCAAACUGAGUACACAUGUGGCUUAUUGAAUGUUGAGCGCCAUGCUGCAUUUGGAUGGGAAGCUGCUAAAAUGGUUCUUUCAGGUCUCGGCCAAAAAUGGCCAGAGGAUGGUAUGAACAAACCGAGAUCUGAUAUUGAAGAAUUUGUAUGGUCAAAUCACAAAGCAUGGAUCCCUAGGCCACUCCUAAGCCUGCAUGUGAGAAUGGGAGACAAGGCAUGUGAAAUGAAGCUGGCUGAGUUCGAAGAAUACAUGCGGCUUGCUGACCGCAUUAGACAGCAGUUCCCACACCUUAAUAGCAUCUGGCUCUCCACAGAAAUGCAGGAGGUUAUAGAGAAAUCAAAUUUGUAUCCACAUUGGAAAUUCUACUACACAAAUGUGAGACGGCAAGUGGGAAACACGACGAUGGCGACCUAUGAAGCAAGUCUGGGCCGUGAAAUCAGCACAAACUAUCCGAUGGUUAACUUCUGGAUGGCAGCUGAAGCUGACUUCUUUGUUGGAGCAUUGGGUUCAACAUGGUGCUUUCUCAUAGAUGGCAUGAGGAACACCGGAGGAAAAGUAAUGGCCGGAUAUUUAAGUGUCAACAAGGAUAGAUUCUGGUAGUGAAUUGUAUGUAACUUGGAGGGAUAGUCUACAGUUCUAUCCAAUUUUAUACAUUGUAAAUCUACAUAUAAGUUCAUAACAAACCAGUGAUGUAAAUCUUUUUGUUCUUUCAACGUAGUUUUUGAUUUUGUAUCUUCAUCUAAUGUACAAAAUGUAAAUAAAUAAAUAUAUUGAAGUUGGAUAUUCACACAAUAUAUUACCGUUGUAUA